AUGAAAGCAUAUUUCCUUGGCGGGUUUUCCUUACUGGAUUUUUUGGCUGAAGUCUCAACCAUCGGGUGAAAGAAUUGCCACGUAACCAAUCUCCGUCAGAUCGAAAAUCCAGCAACAUUCGGAUCCCAAUUCACACAACUGAGAGAAGUGGAAACAAUGACAUCUUAUCUAAUUCUAUUGUCCCUCUUUUUAUCAUCAGUCUUCACUCUCACCUCUCAAAAUCAACACCAUGAGAUUGCCGAGGCCAAGCUCAAAAUCGCUCGGUUAGAAUCUGUUCUGGAGGAAAGCCUGCAGAAACUCAAUGCGAGGAGUAAUUAUCUCAAGGAGCGCGACAACCUAAUUGAUGAACUCGCAAUAAAGAUUCAAGAUCUGCUAUCUCUCCUAUCCAAUAUUAAGCAUGACUCAUCACGAACCGAGGAAAGGGUUGCUGCAUUAGAAGAAGAGGUACGACUGCUAUGGGCUGUUUCCAGACAGAACAAUUUUGAUCUUCACAUUUUAGAAUCUAAAGCACAGGAUGCUGAGGAUAGAUUGGAAGAGGUUACUUCACAAGUUGAAAAGAUGGCAGACAUUGUUAAUGAACAGUGGAUUCAAGUGCAACAUCUUGAGCAGGCUCUCCAUAUGACAGAAAUGAGAGCACUUAACAUCCAAAGGAAACUGAGGGUUACUGGAUGCACAUUCUUAAAGUUUGUCAAUGACGUUUCUGAAAAACAUCUUCCAAAGUUGUUGGGCAUACUUGAUUCUUACUUUUCUGGUGGAGGGUCUACUUUGAGGUCUUAUGUCUCUAAAGCGGAACAACAAUUUAAGAGAUUCUUUUCAGGUUUUAAGAAGUUUCACCAUGAGUUGCAAGGAUUAAUCAGACAAGAAAUGGAAAAGAAUGAAUUGACUGCUGCUCUUGUCAAUAAGGAACUCGUAUUUUUUGUGGCUUCUGCAUUAAUCACUCUCCCAAUAUUGACUGCUUGGAUGCUGCUCUCAUCAAAGUUAGGCUAGUUUUCCGCUUUUAAAAAGCCAACUUCCUAUUUCAUGAAGACGAGUAUAUUAUCCAAACUAGUCUUCAUUUUCUUUUCAGUUGAAGGCAAAAGAAUAGCUGACUCGAUGGUCACUGCCUAGCCCUUGGUCCCGUCGUCAUACCAGUUAACAUGUAUGAUUACUGUUUUGGUGGCUGCCCAUGGCAUAAGUUUCUUUGUUGAUGAUUCUGGGAGACAACUGACAAUGUCUUCUUUCUUAAUUUUGGAUAGACUUGUUGCCUGGCUCAGAUGAAUAUAAUCGUUUCCUGUAUUAGUUUUAGUUUUGGAGAUGAUAGGUUUAUGAUAUUUGCCCGGGUAAUCAAAAUGUUACAGGUAUACAAAAUUGAGAAAACUUGUCGGAUUUUUUGCAUAUGGUUUACAUAGAAUUUUUAAUUUUCUUCUCAGCUUUGUAACACACUUAUUAUUCUCUGUAACUUUUUUCAUUUUUUUUUUAAUUUUUUGAGUGAUCAGGGGUGUCUCGGUCAGUUUGUACACAUCUUAACUAAUUCUCCAAGACUUUAAAGUAAACAAUCGGAUAAAUCCCUUCGAUGAUCA